AUUUAAGAUUACCUACUGCCUCUGGUUCACAAAAUGGCAAUGAAAACUACAAUGUUCCUAGAGAACGUUACACGUAUAACAAAUAUAGCGACGUUAACACAGGUUUUCGAAGCACAACCCCAAAGAAUGAUCUUGCGACUCCGACUUCUACUGUAGCUCCUACCUUCACUCCGACUUCUACUGUUGCUCCUACCUUCACUCCUACUUCUACUGUUGCUCCUACUUCUGCUGUUGCUUCUACUUUCACUCCUACUUCUUCUCUUGCUCCUACUUUCCCUCCUAAUUCUGCUCUUACACCUACUUUCCCUCCUAAUUCUGCUCUUACACCUACUUUCCCUCCCACUUCUGCUCUUACACCUACUUUCCCUCCUAAAUCUGCUCUUACACCUACUUUCCCUCCUGCUUCUGCUCUUUCUCCUACUUUCCCUCCUACUUCUGUUCUUUCUCCCACUUUUGCGCCUGCUCCCAGUGUGCUGGAGUUUGAACCAACUAGCACGAUAAGAAAUAAAUAUGAUGAUGAUUAUGUUAAGCAAGAAGAACUUUCUCUCAUGAAUGUUUCGGAAUUUCUUAACGAUUUUGAUUGGAAAGGAAGCGGAAAUGCAGCAGCGUUAGAAGAGAGGUUAUUAAAUGAGUUGGCUGCCCUGGAAGCCGCAAACAUUCACGCCAUAGUAGAAUCCGAUGAUCGU